AAUUUAGGGUGGCCAUAUUUCAGUUUAUCCCUGUCUGUCCUCAAAUAUGGGCUUAUCAACCCCCUUGAACAGACAAGACGAGAUACUCAGUGUAUCACUUCGGUAGUGAUAUUCUCAGGGAGGUUGUGAACCAUGACAGAUUGUAAUGUGAACUAGAAGAUAUUCAUAUUCUUAUGACACACUUCGGAAUAAAUUCCAUUUCGAGACCUUGUGCAAAGUAAGGUGCCAUGUUUCUCAGUUUCAUGUGGCUAAUAAUUCUAUGCUGAUAUGAACUACCAGAAUGGACUGACACUGUAACAUGUUAGAACUGGUAAAGCAGUUACUGAGAGAUAUCUGGAGUCUGCAAUGAAUGCACAGACAGCAGAUUCGCUGACUGUGCUGCAUGGUGCAGACACAGCACAUGCUCACGCUGUAGUUACUGAUGAGGAAGAUGACGACGGAUGUCCAUCUUCCCCAGGCUCUAGCACGCAAUAUGUCGAAGGCGGUGACUUGAUGGCCGCUGCUAUGAAUGAUGAGGUGACAGCGCAGCUCGCCGCAGCAGGUUGGCAAAAGACACACGGCCCUGUGGGAGUAGCAGCAGCAGCGGCCAUAGUAUCGGCUAAGAAACGCAAACGACCACACUCGUUUGAGACCAAUCCCUCAAUUAGGAAGAGGCAGCAGAAUAGAUUGCUUCGAAAGUUACGGCAAACAAUCGAUGAAUUUGCGACGAGGGUAGGACAGCAGGCUGUUGUAGUUGUAGCAACGCCUGGCAAGCCCCAAAACAGCUUCAAAGUGUUUGGGGCUAAACCACUAGAAGAUGUGAUGAGGAACAUCCGCACAAUGAUAAUGGAUGAAUUGGAAUCUGCGUUAGCACAACAAGCUCCACCACCCGUCCAAGAAGACCCGUCGCUGUAUGAAUUACCUCCACUUAUCAUCGACGGUAUCCCUACGCCUGUUGAAAAGAUGACUCAAGCACAACUGCGAGCCUUCAUUCCUCUGAUGCUCAAAUAUUCGACAGGGCGUGGGAAACCAGGGUGGGGUCGUGAGUCGACGAGACCUCCUUGGUGGCCCAAGGAACUGCCUUGGGCAAAUGUGCGUAUGGAUGCGCGCACAGAGGAUGAGAAGCAAAAGUGCCGCAAUUUGCAGAUAUCGUGGACACAUGCUCUGCGCCAAAUAGUCAUCAACUGCUACAAGUACCAUGGGAGGGAAGAUCUGCUCCCUGCAUUCAGUGAGGAUGAAGAGGCCAACGGGACUGUGACAGCGGUCGUUUCUGGCAGCUCUUCUAGUAACACUGGCUCAGCAUCACUUGUGGGCACUGCUGCUACCAGUACUGGUACUGCGACCAUUGUGGGAACAGCGAAUAGGAGUUCAGUGUCUGCUGCAACACAGGCAACAGUGACAGCGCAGUAUGCUCCAGCAGUUCUGCAGACAAUUAGCAAUGCAGAUGGUACAGUCUCCAUCAUCCAGGUGGACCCAAAUAAUCCUAUCAUCACAUUACCUGAUGGUACAACUGCACAAGUCCAGAGUGUCACGGCUCUGGCUGAAGUUGGCCCAGGUCAAGGUGAAAAUGUGGCUGUGGACCUUAACAGUGUAACAGAAGCCACUCUUAAUCAGGAUGGCCAGAUAAUUCUUACUGCAGAGGAUGGUCAUGGUUAUCCAGUAUCAGUCUCUGGAAUGAUAACUGUGCCAGUCACUGGAUCAAUGUAUCAAACUGUGGUGGCAAAUCUACAACACCUCCAUCCACAAGGGGAGCCAGGUAGUUUGCAGGGUGAAGACCGUCUGUUCCAGGUGGUGACACCAAUGGUACAGGUACCAAAGGCAGAGCCAGGGGGUGAUGCAUCUGCUGCCACAGAGGUGGAGGCUAUCACAGUAACGCCCCAGCAAUUGCUGGGACCACACCAGCUAGUUAGUGUCCCUGGUGAACCACAGCUACUGCAGGUUCUGUCUCUGAAAGAGAGCCCACCAACUCCAGAUACCUAUGCAGGGGCACCAAGUGCAGGAAUCAGCUUCACCCCCAUUAGUGAUGAAGAAACUUGCACAGGAUAGAGUAGCAUAGAGAGCUACAUCAAACCAGUCUGUGGACUGAAGACCGCAACAACAACAACAUUAGAAUUGUGAUCAACUGACUGCAUUUAUUUUUUGAUGAUUUUAUUUUUUUUUAUUUAGGACCUAAAAAAAAACUACGGUGGUACAUGGUAUCACCACAGCACCUUUGUGAAGUAUUAAUAUUGUGGUGUAAAUGGACUUCCCACUUCCCUUUUGUGAGCUGUUGUGUUGCUAUAACACGUAAAAAAAGUAAUGAACAGUGUUUUCUGUUUUUAUUUUGUUUUCUUUCACUUUAUUUUAAAAAUGUUUGUUACCAGUGUUAGUUAGCUUACCACAAUGUGAAAACAAUCCUUGAAACUUUAUCACACAGUAAAGAUAUGAGCUGAUACCGGUCAAAAUAUUGUAUACUGCAGAAGCGAAGCAAUGUGUUCUGGCAACAAUAGUGAUCCCAUGGCAAACAAAGUGGCUAUUGCACCAGUUUUCAUACGCCUACUACCAUAAAUGACGGAUCAAUUUUGUUGUAAGCAUACUUUCCAAUGACCAUUAAAAAACACUGUUGCUUGGUGGGAUGUAUACUUCCCACAGUCCUGAAGGCUAUAAUUCACAACAAACAGAAACUACAGCAGGUGCAGUGGACUGCCACUAGAUGCCAGGAGCAUAACACAUAUUCCCUUAAA